UUGCUAAUUACUGGACGGCAAAAUUUGGAAGUGUGAACUGACUGUUUGAUUAUUCUAGAACCGAUGGAUUUCUGACACUUGUGAAAUUAAGAUUUGUUAGUGGUGUCAAUGAUGGAGAUGUCCACAAUGGCUGAGGUACCAUACCAAAACAUGGAGAAUCCCAGUGCGGCCGCAAAGAUGGCGGUCCACCUGGACCCGGAAAGCCAGGUUGAGAUUCGGGGAAUGACCUUUUCGGAACAAUCCAUCCGGCGAGCCUUCAUCCGGAAGGUGUAUUUAAUCCUAACAGUACAAUUGGCAAUUACAAUGGCGUUCAUCUGUCUCUUCGUCUACCACGAACCGGCCAAAGCCUUUACCCUGAAUAAUCCCUGGAUCGCCAUCACGGCUUUCAUCACAAUGUUUGCCGUUCUCAUUAUUAUGGCAUGUUGUGGCGAAAUGCGUCGCAAAACUCCCCAUAAUUUCAUAUUUUUAGCCCUCUUCACCGUAGCGCAGGGUCUUAUGUUGGGCAUCGUCACAAUCAGAUAUGAAGCUAAUGAGGUUCUAACCGCAGUUGGAAUAACAUGCCUGAUCUGCUUUGGACUGACCAUUUUCUCGCUGCAAACCAAGUGGGACUUUACCAUGAUGGGAGGCUUCCUAUUCGUAGGACUGCUGGUUGUGUUUGUGUUUGGCUUCAUUGUUGCGCUGUUCCCGGGCAGUGCUGCCAGUUCGGUUUACUCUGCCUGUGGAGCGCUGCUGUUCUCGCUGUACCUCGUGUACGACACCCAGAUCAUGAUGGGCGGCAAGCACCAGUACUCGAUCAGCCCGGAGGAGUACAUCUUUGCAGCGCUGAAUCUGUACCUGGACAUUAUCAACAUCUUCUUGUUUAUCUUGAGAAGAUAAAGAUGAGAUGGGUACUGAUUGUUGAUGCAAAGUGGUUGCAAAUCAACGAAGUGUGACGCAGCCAGCACUUGUUUGACUGUUUAAUUGUGUUUCCUAUGCAAGAUAUUCACAGCAAACUGAUUAAAAUGUACAUCCCUUUCAACAUGUGCUAAAAUGUUAACAGUUUACAUGUUUUUAUUAUGUAAGAGCUGUGCAAAUAUGACCAUAAACUCCACAUAUUUGAUUUUUGUGAUAUGUUCCACAGACCUGAAAUACUAAAUUAACCAAGUGAUGAAUACAAUAUUAUUUUGAACAUGUUUAUGACAAAGCAACGAUUAAAUAGUUGGUGUUGAGCCUACAAUUCAAUACAUUUUUAACCAAAAAAUACAAUGUAGAAAAGUAAUGUACGUCUUGGAAACCUUUAAAUAGAUGGACUUCAAAAUAUGUGAUUUUUUUCAGAACCAUAAAUCGAUCGUCAAUAAAUAAAGAUAUUUGUUUCAGAACAGCCAUA